AUGGACCCCAAGCACGACGACCACACGAUGGAUAAGGCGGAGCACUCUCACAUGGAGCACGGCCACGACCGCCACGGAGAGCAGCACCUCGAUGCCAACUCUGUCGAGGCGGCGAUGCACGGGCACGACAAGAAGUGGGAGACGCGCACGAUCCGCAAGAUUGACGUCCGGCUCUUGAUCAUUCUCGGUCUGUGCUACGCCGUCAGUCUCAUUGACCGAACCAACAUCUCCGUCGCUCGAGUCUCUGGAAUGCAAGUAUCUCUGAAUCUGGGCAUCAACGAGCGAUACUCCAUCAUCUCCCUUCUCUUCUUUGUGCCCUACAUCAUCUUUGAACUCCCCUCCAACAUCAUUCUGCGCAAGGUUGGCGCUCGCAACUGGCUCAGCUUCAUCGUCUUUGGCUUUGGUGUUGUCAUGAUUGGUAUGGCGUUCUGCAAGGAGUGGUGGCACCUCGCCAUCUGUCGUGUCCUUCUCGGUCUCCUCGAGAGUGGUUUCUUUCCCGGAUGCGUGUACCUCGUCUCUUCCUGGUACACCCGAUACGAGACCAACUCUCGAAUGGCCGUCUUCUACCUCACCUCCAUGGUCAUCUCUGGUUUCUCGAACAUUAUCGGCUACGGUAUGGGGCUUUUGAACGGCCGGGCUGGUCUUAUCGCUUGGCAAUGGAUCUUCCUGCUGUUCGGUGUCAUCACCGUCGCCCUCUCCAUCCUCGCAGCCAUCUUCAUUGUCGACUUCCCUGAGAAGUCCACCUUCCUCGCCGAGGACCAAAAGGCAUGGGCGAUUGCGAGGAUCGAGCGCGACCGAGGUGAUUCCGUUCCCGACAAGCUCACCUUGCGCGCUUUCGCUCGUGCUCUGUCCGACCCCAAGAUCUUUGGUUUCUCCUACCUCUUCAUGACCGCCACCACCGGUUCAUAUGCCUUCGCCUUCUUCCUCCCCGUCAUUCUUGCCGGCCAGGGCUACUCGACCCAGCUCUCCCUCCUCCUCUCUGCGCCCCCAUACGUCUUUGCCGCCUUCUACACAUUCGGCCUCGCCGUCCUCUCCGACAAGACUCGCAUGCGCGCUCCCUUCAUCGCCUGCUCCAACAUUGUCUGCAUCGUCGGUCUCUCCAUCACUGCGUACGCGGGGACCAUUGGCGUCCGGUACUUUGGCGCUUUCUUGACCAUCGCCGGUGCCCAGUCCAACGUCCCCGCCGUCCUCGCCUACUCGCAGAACAACGUCCGUAUGAGCUCCAAGCGAGCCGUGUCGAGCGCCAUGGUCAUUGGUUUCGGUGGUGUCGGUGGUAUCAUUGCUUCCACCGUGUACCGUGAGGCCGACACUCCCCGCUACAUCCCCGGAUUGUGGACCACUAUCGGCCUCAACCUUGGCUCCUUGGGCGUCCUCGCCUUGCUCACCCUUAUCUUCAAGAAGCAGAACAAGCGGGCCGAGAGGGGCGAGAUUGAGAUUGAGAAUCAGCCGGGAUUCUUGUACACCAUCUAA